CCGCGACCCAUAUCACCAUACAAAUUCACCCUGCCCGACCUCCUCUUCUACUUUCUCCCUAGACCUACGCGUAGCCGCCCUAGACACUAACAAGCUCUUUCGCCAUGUUCAACCCCGGCUUCUACGACGACGACGACCCGAUGGCUAUGUACCAGCAGGCGAUACUGCGGCGUCAGGGAGGUGGCCAGCGCCGCUUCGAUGAAUACUUCCGCUGCUAUCCCAUCGCCAUGCUGCCCGGUCCAGAGCGAGAAGACGCGAAUCACGGCGGCAAGGUGUUCCUACCACCCAGUGCCUUGGACAAGCUCACCCGCCUCCACAUCACAUACCCUAUGCUCUUUGAGCUCAUAAACGGCGCGAAAGAUGGCAAGCAGACCCAUGCCGGUGUUCUGGAGUUCAUAGCGGAGGAGGGCAAGAUCUAUCUACCAUACUGGCUCAUGCAAACUCUUGAAGUCGAACCUGGAGACCUCCUACAGGUCAAGUCGACCGACCUACCUCUGGGAACUUUCAUCAAGCUCCAACCCCAGUCGCCCUCGUUCCUAGAGAUCUCAGACCCGAAAGCCGUGCUCGAGAACGCCUUCCGGAACUUCGCCUGCCUCACCACAGGCGACAUCUUCACAUUCUCAUACAACGACAACGUGUACAGCAUAGCCGUGCUCGAGACGAAACCCGUCAGCGAGAAGAAGGCAAUAUGCACGCUGGAGACGGACCUGUCAGUUGACUUCGCCGCACCGGUGGGCUACAAGGAGCCGGAGCGUAACACCAGCGGCACGAGCACCCCGAGGAGUGGGACAGGAGUUAUGGCUGGAAAGGGCGGCACGCUGCGUUCCCAAGGCAGCAUGGCCCAGGCAAUCAACUACGCUGCUAUCGCCCCGUCAUCCACAUCAGCCGCGGCAGGCGCCAAAGCGGUGUCCUCGAACUUCCUGAGCGGCGGCCACAAGCUAUCCUCCAAGAAGGGGAGCAAGUCGCCCACGCCGAAGCCAUCCACGCCAGUCGCAGGCUCCUCGUCCAACGCCCCGUCCACAGUGCUGAGGAGAACAAACGGCCCGCAACCCCUCCGGCUCGCUCCCGGCAAGCUGUUCUUCGGGUACGAAAUCAAGCCCGUGAAGCGGAAAGGAGAGGACGAAGAGAAGGAGAAGGAGAAGUUCCACUUCCAGGGCCAGGGACAGUCGCUGCGGAAGAAGAAGGGCGAUAAAUGAAAGAAUUCAUAGCGGGUGGUCAUAUAGGCAUUUCCUGGCGUUGGGACAGAGUGGUGGCCAUGGCGCUAUUCGAUACUAGGCUGGUUGGGAACCUACAUAGGUAGAUCAGUUGAAAUUGAAGGCCAUUGGGAUGGUCAUACACUAUCAAGGAGUCCUGUGUACACUGGUUGACCAAUGCUAAGGGUGCUCUUGUGGGACUUCGGAGUUCUGGGAAUGAUGUCAAGUUCUACACGGCAUGAAGCGGACUGCCUUUUGACUAACAGGCUACAUGCUGGCUAGGAUACUCCUGACAGUGGUAUAUAGCUUCCAGAGCGGCACUCAAGCUUUCGUAGAUCUGUGUAGCUAGACUUAUAGCUACUCCAACGCAAUACCAAGGCUCACGCAGUAUACAUCAGGCUACCUUCUUACUGCCCGGCUAGCUACUACCUAAGCUACUCCUGACAGUGGUGUCUAGCUUCCAAAGUAGCAC